AUGUUUGUAAUAAACGUCGAUGCAGAAUCUGAAGAAAGAUCAAGUGUUACUGAGAAUCUUAGAUUUAAAAUUGAUAAUUGUCCUGAUAAAAGAUAUUAUAAAAGUCUUAAAGCUGGAGUUGAUAAAUUAUGCCAUGAGUGUUAUAUGAAAAUUGUAGAUUCUUAUCAAUGUCAAAUAUCUACAAUAACUAGAAAUAUUGAAGUGGAUAAUUCAAUAGAAACAGAUUUAAUAGAAAUUAAUAAUUUAGCUGAAACUAGUGAAUCAGAUAUUUCAACAAAUUUAAGUAAUUUAAUUACAACUAAUGAAUUUACAACUUCUACAAAUUUAAAUCUAAUAGAAUUAAUUAAAGCUCAAAAAGAUGAAUUAAUUAAAAAUAAUUCAAUUGAAAUUAAUCAACAAUUUACAGAUAUUAAAAUUAAUAUAAAUAAUAAUAAUAAUAUAGUUUUAAUGGAUAAAAAAAAUUUUGAUCAAUUAGUUAAAUUAAUUAUUCAAAAAGAUUUAAAAAUAGAAAU